AACAAAGUAACACUAGAGAUAAUCUGAUGGCGAGAGGCAAGCGCAGGAACCCAAGCAACAGAAACCAAGACUACAUGGCAUCAUCGGAGCCCAAUUCUCCCACCAAAGCAAACACUGAAUAUCCAAACACACCAGAAAAGCAAGAUCUAGUUUCAAAAUCAUAUUUGAUCAUGAUGCUGGAGGACUUCAAGAAAGACGUGAAGAACUCCCUUAGAGAACAAGUAGAAGCCUACAGAGAGGAAUCGCAAAAAUCCCUGAAAGAAUUCCAGGAAAACACAAUCAAACAGUUGAAGGAAUUAAAAAUGGAAAUAGAAGCAAUCAAGAAAGAACACAUGGAAAUAACCCUGGACAUAGAAAAUCAAAAGAAAAGACAAGGAGCUGUAGAUACAAGCUUCACCAACAGAAUACAAGAGAUGGAAGAGAGAAUCUCGGGAGCAGAAGAUUCCAUAGAAAUCAUUGACUCAACUGUCAAAGAUAAUGUAAAGCGGAAAAAGCUACUGGUCCAAAACAUACAGGAAAUCCAGGACUCAAUGAGAAGAUCAAACCUAAGGAUAAUAGGUAUAGAAGAGAGUGAAGACUCCCAGCUCAAAGGACCAGUAAAUAUCUUCAACAAAAUCAUAGAAGAAAACUUCCCUAACCUAAAAAAAGAGAUACCCAUAGGCAUACAAGAAGCCUACAGAACUCCAAAUAGAUUGGACCAGAAAAGAAACACCUCCCGUCACAUAAUUGUCAAAACACCAAACGCACAAAAUAAAGAAAGAAUAUUAAAAGCAGUAAGGGAAAAAGGUCAAGUAACAUAUAAAGGCAGACCUAUCAGAAUCACACCAGACUUUUCGCCAGAAACUAUGAAGGCCAGAAGAUCCUGGACUGAUGUCAUACAGACCCUAAGAGAACACAAAUGCCAGCCCAGGUUACUGUAUCCUGCAAAACUCUCAAUUAACAUAGAUGGAGAAACCAAGAUACUCCAUGACAAAACCAAAUUUACACAAUAUCUUUCUACAAAUCCAGCACUACAAAGGAUAAUAAAGGGUAAAGCCCAACAUAAGGAGGCAAGCUAUACCCUAGAAGAAGCAAGAAACUAAUCGUCUUGGCAACAAAACAAGGAGAAUGAAAGCACACAAACAUAACCUCACAUCCAAAUAUGAAUAUAACAGGAAGCAAUAAUCACUAUUCCUUAAUAUCUCUCAAUAUCAAUGGCCUCAACUCCCCAAUAAAAAGACAUAGAUUAACAAACUGGAUACGCAAUGAGGACCCUGCAUUCUGCUGCCUACAGGAAACACACCUCAGAGACAAAGACAGACACUACCUCAGAGUGAAAGGCUGGAAAACAACUUUCCAAGCAAAUGGUCAGAAGAAGCAAGCUGGAGUAGCCAUUCUAAUAUCAAAUAAAAUCAAUUUUCAAUUAAAAGUCAUCAAAAAAGAUAAGGAAGGACACUUCAUAUUCAUCAAAGGAAAAAUCCACCAAGAUGAACUCUCAAUCCUCUUCUUCGGUUGGUUUAUAUACAAGUGUGCAAUUUCUAGGCUUGAAAGUAAAAUGAUGCUAUCUGGUGCUGGAUAGAGGAGCCUUAUUUUUUAUUAUGGCAGCUUGCUAUUUUUGUAAUAUGGUGAUUUGGUUGAACACAUUAAAGUACAGUAGUAACUGAUCUCCCCCUCUUCCUGGAUGAGUGAGGAGAUGAUUAAAUGUUGAUGUCAGCAUCCAUGAGCAUAUUCAGAUGAGCUUCUGCUUCUGUUGAAAAGGAUGCUGUGUUUGAUUGUGGUCCGAAGCUUUGAAGCACUACUUGGCAUCUCCUUCCUUGGAGGUCUCACUGUUUAAACAUAACAGAUUUGAUAGCUUGUUGGUAAGGUGAGGUCCAGCUUGUCUCCACUAGGUCAUCUUCAUGUGAAUCCGGUGGUUAUACGGUUUUGUUCUAGGGAUAUUUCAUUUUUUUUAAUAACGGUUUUAGCUGACAUUCAUGGAGAGAAUGAAUCCUUAGAAGUGUGCCACUAGUGAAAGGAAAUCCUGUCUAGAGUAUGUUUCUUUACAAAGCUGUGUCACACCAUCCUUUGGGCCCUCUGCUGGAAAAGUAGAAUCAAGUCUCAAAUAAUGCCUUUUAAAUUGUAUCCUCUAGUAUUAUAGAUGUAGGACAGUACUGUAUCAUACCUCUGUGGAUGUAAAAUAGCUUGUACCUGCUUUAUGAUACGUAGUAGUGACCGUGCUUUAUCAGAGCUGUUUUUAAUGAUGUUGCUCAGAAUGUUUUCUUUCCAGAUGAUGAUUGAGAAGCUAAUUUAAAAAAAAAUGGUGCCAGGUACCACAAGAGUAACAGAACUGUGCUGUUUUCUCGGGUUUUGUUUUUUUACUUUUUUUUUUUUUAAUGGAGUGUGCUGGAUGUCUCUACAGUUUUGUUCAGAUGACUGCAGAACCUGGAAAAGCUGUUGCUGCUGUUGAUGCAUAACACACUGCUAUUAUUGGUCUUUUUAUAUAAAUAUAAAUAUAUAUAUACAGAUAUAUAAUUUGAAUUUUUUGAAACUUUACCUGUGCUGUCAACUUUCGAAAAAAGUAUCCCCGUUUACUGUGUUGAGUUGGCACUGUACAGAAAUUAACAGCCAUAUUGGUCUAGAAAUGUUGAACUUAAGUUUUUUCCAUUUGUACAGGGGUAACACACUGUAUUAAAUAUGUAAGGUCUUAUAUACGUGGGUUUGAUUACAAAAACUAAUAAAGUAUUCUCUAAAUAAAAAAAAAAGAAUCAACAAAUGGGAUUUCAUAAAACUGCAAAACUUCUGUAAGGCAAAGGACACUGUGGUUAGGACAAAACGACAACCAACAGAUUGGGAAAAGAUAUUUACCAAUCCUACAUCUGAUAGAGGGCUAAUAUCCAAUAUAUACAAGGAACUCAAGAAGUUAGACUCAAGAGAAUCAAAUAAGCCUAUUUAAAAAUGGGGUACAGAGCUAAAAAAAGAAUUCUCAACUGAAGAAUAUUGAAUGGCUGAGAAGUAGCUAAAGAAAUGUUCAAUAUCCUUAGUCAUCAGGAAAAUGCAAAUCAAAACAACUCUGAGAUUCCACCUCACACCAGUCAGAAUGACUAAGAUAAAAAAAAAAAAAAAACUCAGGUGACAGCAGAUGGUGGCAAGGAUGUGGAUGUCCCACCUCCAUUGUUGGUGGGAUUGCAAACUGGUACAACCACUCAGGAAAUCAGUCUGGAGGUUCCUCAGAAAAUUGGACAUUGGACUUCCUGAGGACCCAGCUAUACCUCUCCUGGGCAUAUACCCAAAAGAUGCUCCAACAUACAACAAAGACACGUGCUCCACUAUGUUCAUAGCAGUCUUAUUUAUAAUAGCCAGAAGCUGGAAAGAUCCCAGAUGCCCUUCAACAGAGGAAUGGAUACAGAAAAUGUGGUACAUUUACACAAUGGAGUACUACUCAGCUAUCAAAAACAAUGACUUCAUGAAAUUCAUAGGCAAAUGGAUGGAACUAGAAAAUAUCAACCUGCGUGAAGUAACCCAAUCACAAAAAAAAAAUCCACACAUGGUAUGCAUUCACUGAUAAGUGGACAUUAGCCCAAAAGUUCAGAUUACACAACAUACAACCUACGGACCACAUGAAGCUCAAGAAGAACAACCAAAGUGCAGAUGCUUCAGUCCUUCUUAAAAGGGGGAACAAAAAUAUUCAUAGGAGGGGAUAUGGAGACAUAGUUUGGAGCAGAGACUGAAGGGAUGGCCAUUCAGAUCCUGCCCCACCUGGGGAUCCAGCCUAUAUACAUACAGCCACCAAACCCCCCACAACAUUGCUGAUGCCAAGAAGUGCAUGCUGACAGGAGCCUGAUAUAGCUGUCUCCUGAGAGUCUCUGCCAGUGUAUUACAAAUACAGAGGUGAAUGUUCACAGCCAACCAUUGAACUGAGAAUGGGGUCCCCAUUGGAGGAGUUAGAGAAAAGAUUGAAGGGGUUUGUAACCCCAUAAGAACAACAAUAUCAACCAACCAGAGUUCCCAGGGACUAAAUCACCAUCCCAAGAGUACACAUAGACAGACCCAUGGCUCCAACUGCAUGUGUACCAGCAGAUGGCAAUGUUGGGCAUCAAUGGGAGGAGAAGUCCUUGGUCCUGCCAAGGCUCGAUGCCCCCACUCCCCCAGUAUAGGGGAAUUUCAGGACAGGGAGGCAGAAAAGGGGUGGGUGGAUGUGUGGGAGAACAUCCUUAUAAGAGGAAGGGGGAGGGGGAAUGGGAUAGGGAGUUUAUAGACAGAAAAUCAGGAAAGAACUUAACAUUUGAAAUGUUGAUAAAAAUAUCUAAUAAAAAAAGUAACGUCCGUUCAUCACCCACCAAUAAUGUCCCCAGUUUACUACAACAGGAUAAUAUCUAAGCUCCCAAGAAAGCAUUAGUGAUUGUACACACUUGACUUCUGCACAUCAACUUAAGGGCUUCUUAAUGCUUCCAAAGUUUACUAUGGAAAACAUGUGGCCAUAUUAAUGACUGGGUUUUUGACAAUUUGUACUAAAAGAACUUGGGCAAAAAAAAAUCCUACUCCAAAAUAACAAUUAUUAACCUAGCAUCCAUUCACUGUGCAAGAUUCUCCUAUGGAUGUGAACACAGUCAAUAAUGAAGGAUUCAAUGAUGUUUGAAGUCUUGGUGUAGACAACUUUGAGGAAGUACCAGCUGUGCCCAUUUAGUGACGUCUCAAUGAUAAAAAUUUACGAUUAGACCACUUGGUGGGGAAAGUCGUUUAAUCCUGGCGAUUCGGGGCUACCAGGAGACGGCUGUGUGAGUGCUAGGACUGUGUGGUCUACAAAACCACUUUCAGGCCAGCUAGGAAUACAUACUGAGAUGCUGUCUCAAAAGAAAACUAAUGUGAAGGGCCCUUGCUGCUCUUGCAGAAGACCAGAGUUAAUUUCCAAGCACUUGAGUCUAGAAGUUCACAUGGUCCAUGACUCCAGAUCCAGGGUUUUCCACAGCCUCUUCUGCAACUUAAGAGUCCCUACUCCUUGCAUACAGCCUCUUCUGCAACUUAAGAGUCCCUACUCCUUGCAUACAGCCUCUUCUGCAACUUAAGAGUCCCUACUCCUUGCAUGCACACAGGGACACACAAAAAAUACAUGCAAAUGAAAGUGAGCCUUGAGAUGGAUUCCCCUAAAAUAUAUCUGCAAAACUGCAAUUUUCAGUGUUUCGAAUUUUUUUUAAAAAUGCUAAAAGGAAGACACAAAAUCCUAUGAUCUGUGGUGGGGAAGAUGAAAAUUAGGACUCCCGGAAAUGUUAACUAUCCAAAAUGCUGUGCUGACGGCAUCGUUUCAUGUUGGAAAAGAGUUCUUUCUCUUUUCAUUCAGCUUACACACAAUUAGUUAUCAAUAUCUGCAUUGAAUCAAAACUCUCAAAAACUCCAGUUCCUAUCAUGGUAGAAAUAGAUUGAUAUAAUGCACACAAGCACAGUCACCACACAAGCACAGUCACCACAAAAGGCUACAUAAUGUCUAAGCAUGGGUAGAGAUUGUGACACCAAAAAUUUUGACAAACAUUGAUUUACUGGCCUCUAGGUUAGGACUCAAAGAUGUUGUAACCUGGACCAGAAGGAUAGAUCUGUGCUUAGCCACAGAUGCCAGGACACCAGGCUGCGGAACUGCGUGCAAGUUGCCGAAGCAGGACCCUAGAAAUCCACCAUGCCCAGGAACCGAUCUCUCCAAUACCUACCCCAUCAGGUCUACGUGUCUACCUUUGGGAAAUCUAAGAGAAGCCAAUCAGCAUCAGCCACAUCAGGGUUAUAAAGUGAAGAAAUAGCGGUCCUGAUUGAGACUCCACUCACCUCUGAGGAUGAAGAACCGUGAACCCUGGGUUGUAGUCCUCCUCCUCCUAUUGGUGACCAUGGACCUGACCCAGUAUUGUGCAGGUAAGUGAGGAGCCUGGAGAGAAAUGGCCCUUUGGAGAGCAGGACCCAGCACCUGGAAUCCUCACCUCUGUAUCUUCUUCCUCGGCUAACCAGACCUUCUCUGAUCCCCUAGCUGGGAUGAUCCCUGACUCUGUCCUUUAUAUCAGGUCCAGAGACCCAACAGCACCCCUGCUCAGCUCCCUAACAACCUGCUCUGGGUCCAGGAUGAAGAGUCGGGGUCUCAGUGUGCACCACCUACAGGUUCACGCUGGCUGCAGACUUUCAACACUGUGAUUGCGGAACCUCGCAAGUCAGCGCACCAGUUCAUCCAGGUCAGCUAUGUAGACUCGAUACAGUUUCAGGGAUUCGACAGCCAAGCUCCCAAUGCAAAGAUGCGACCUCGGGCUGCUUGGAUGGAGCAGGAGCCACCUGAAUACUGGGAGAAGGGAACAGCACAAGCCCCGCGCUUGUCACUGACAAACCAACGAGUCCUUCAGUUCCUGGUGAUUGAGAAUAAACACAGCAAGAAUGGUGAGUCAUCUCAUGGCUGAGACCAUGAUGCCUAAGUGCCCUCAUGGUCUGGCCCAAUAAGCUCCACUCUAGGUCCCCAAGUCACAGAUUCAACCAUAGUCCAAGGGGACCCGGUAGACCUUUGACCCGAGAAAACCACAGCCUGUGCCCAAAUUAGGGGUUUAGUUUGGGACAAAAUCCCAGGGCGGGGGGGAAGAAGCUCACAGUGACCAGAGGCUGAAUAGGGGUGGGACGGAAUAUCACACCCUGCAGGAAUUGUUUGGCUGCAAUGUAGCAAAUGAUGGGAGCUUCCUCCGCGGUCAAUACCGGCUCACCUACUAUGGCUAUGAUAACAUCAUCCUGAAUGAGGACCUGAGCUCUUGGACCACAGAGGGAUCUGCAGCACAAGACCUGAUGAAGUACUCGGAGACCGGAGGCAUGGCAGAAAGCUGGAGGACUUACCUGCUACGGGAGUGCACAGAAAGGCUUAUUAGAUGCCUGGAACUUGGAAAGGAGACAUUGCUGCGCUCUUGUCACCUUCUGCAUCUGAGAUUAGAGCUCCUGUCUCCCUCUGGCCUCCUCCUAAGCAGGGAGCAGCUGGAGUACUUACACUGCCUUGCAUCAAAGAGGAAAGAGGGCUCCUCAGGUUCCUGACAACACGAGAGAGGGACUCUCCAGAGGAUUCACACUUCUCCCAGGAUAGUUCAGUGUGUCAAUUAAGCAGCAGGUCCCUUCACUCUGCACUGUGCAUCGUGGUCUCUCUCAAGGCCUGUAAACUAUCCAGACACGAUGAUACUGAAUGUCCCCAGGGUUGCUGAGUCCCUCACACCCCAUGUCCAGUCAGAAGACUAUUUGCCUAGGAGACCCAGAAUCUCCUGCUCUGUGUUGACUCACAGUUAUUAUAAAAUACAAGGAAUAGAUCAUCCAAAUCCUGCGUUUAGGGUUGCAUGUGGACUCUGCUCCCUCCCUCGUCCCACUCUCACAUCCUUCCCAGGGAUGGUCACAUCCUCAGGAGGAAUGCAAAAUACCUGAAUUUUCCAAUUGUUCACCUUAGAUGCCCCCCAAAACACAUCUGACCCACCAAGUAAGACCUGAUGGCAAUGUCACCCUGAGGUGCUGGGCCUUAGGCUUCUACCCAGCUGACAUCACCCUGACCUGGCAGAGGGAUGGCAAAAACCACACCCAGGACAUGGAGCUGCCAGACACCAGGCCAGCAGGGGAUGGAACCUUCCAGAAAUGGGCAGUAGUGAUAGUUCCUUCUGGAGAGGAGCAGAGAUACACGUGUCAUGUGCACCAUGAAGGAUUACCUGAGCCUCUCACUCUGAAGUGGGGUAAGGAGGGGAUGUGAGCACACACUCUGCUGUAGGGGAAAGUGAGCUCUUUAAAGGACCAGAGCAUGAUCAGGGUUGAGAGCUAGGGUCAGAAUCCUCACUCUUCCUUCUCUUCCCUCACCAGAGCCUUCAACAACCAUCCCCAUCAUGGCAAUUCUCACUGGCCUGAUUCUUGGGACUUUGGUGAUGGGAACUGUGGUGUAUCUUCUGGUAUGGAAGAAAUAAAGGUAAGGAAAGAGUAAGGUCUGAGUUCUUUCUCCCUUAAAAAUUCAAGGCCAAGAUAUAAAUGUACCCUGCCUCAUUAGAGGAAAGAUGUAUCGUAUCCAGAGAUAGCAACCUGCGUGCUCACAUUAAUUCUAUCAUAAAACAUUUAAAAAAAAAAAGGUAGAAAGAUCCACUUCCCUUUUGUUGGAGAUGAUGGGAGACCUGAUUUUGAUUGCCAACAGAUAGAGAUGUCACAGAGAUGGUCCUGCUGAGGACAGACCUACAGAAGGCCAGUUAGACCUCUUACAUUGUAUUUUCUUCUCUGUCCAUGGAGCUGCACUCACAGUUCUACAAACUUCCCUGGGGCAUGACCAGGAGAUUCUUCCCACUCCCACAACUGUACUCCUUCCUCAGUCUCUCACUGGCUGUAUUCUUACCACAGGUGGGAAAGAGACAGUAAUUUGACUGCCAAUAAUUAAGAGUUGGUUCCAGAGACCUUGCAUUAGGGAAGACAGGUACCCAUUGUGGGUGCUCAAAUAUUUUCUCUAUUAGCCCUAUUGCUGUGGGCUUUUAACAGGUCUUAUUCUGUACUGUCAUAGGCAGGGACAGUGCCCAGAGAUCUGAUGCAUCUCUCCCAGUAGGAGAGGAAGGACUCAACACAUUCCUAAGUCGGGUUGACUUGCUAUACUGGAAUUGUUUUUAGUAUGGCUGCCUGUUUGGUAUCAUGGUUUAACAAUCACCAAUCCAAAUUUGUUCAUUAUUUCCUUCUAAAAGGACUUCAAAAGCUCCUGACUUUUCUUUCAAUGGCUGGCAUCUGUUCAGGUCUCUGACUACUGUCUGUAUGACUUAAGGAAGUGAAUUCAGCCCAGAUCUGAGUAUCACUCCUUUCCAUGCUGACCUGUGUGUCUUCCAGUCAUCUCUCCUGAUCCAGGAGACGCAGGCCUGGGAGACCUCCAUCACAGAAUGAACUUUAGUUUCCCUUGAGCUGUAAGUUUAUUCUUAAUACCUGAACGUGAGGAUUUGGGUAUAUUUUUGGUGAAUUCUUCCCAUGGUAGAAUUUACUUAAUGAGUUUACUUAAUGAGUUUACUUAAUGUUUACUUAAUGAGUAAACACAAUCAAAGCAAGAAGAGUAAAAUAGCAACCCUGUCUUGAAAAGUUGAAAUCCAUCCUUGGACUGCUCUCUCCUUUCCUAGGUGCUUCUCUUUUUAUUGAACCUCAUGUUUAAGUCUAUCAUUUCUCUUCCUAAUAAACUUGAACUUUGCUUCCUACUGGGUCUUUCUUUCAGUCAAGAAUCUCAUCUUCCCCUAACAGAGUUCUCUGAAUGGAACUCCUUAACUGACACACAUGCACCAUGGAGCUGUCUCUACCCUGCAUCACACCGGGACUGCCAUCGUUCCUGCCGGCCACCAAGGAAUCUCUAAAGCAAUGUGGGCCAGGUUGCUGUCACUGAGCUGCUCUUUUGCUUUGCAUGUUACCUACAAUCCUUCCCUUUAACUAUCUGAAGGUUGAAAGAUUGUUUUUUUUUUUUUAAAUGUAAUCUGCCUGUAUUCCUGUUUGCAUAGCACUUGCUUGCCUAGAGCCCAUGGGUAUAAGAAGAGUUCCUCAGGUCCUCCUGGAACUGGGAUUACAGAGAGUUGUGAACUAAUGUGGGGACAAUAGAAACCAAACACAAGUCUUCUGAUGUAACAGCCAGUGCUCUUAACUGCUAAGCCUUCUGUAUACCCUCAAGACCCACAUAGUAUUUUGUGAUCACUAUUGUGCAAAGAUGCCCUUAGACCCACCAUACCGUUUUCAUGGGUCAGAUGAAAACAGGCAUUGAUUCCCAGGAAGGCAACCACUGGUGCCCUAAAGUCUUUCCUUUUGACUGGAGAACUUCCUAGCACUAAACUCAAGUGAAGUGACACCCAAAAGGGAAAAUAUCAAUAAUCAGAACCUUCUGGUAAUAAUACCUGAUUCUUGAACAAGAAAAGUAUGUUCAUGGUUAAGAACACAACAUGGUUACUUACAGAUGCCCAGGGGAAGGUUCAUUACAAAAAUGUGAAUGACUCCUGAGCAGCUUCAGCACCAAAGGCCCAACUUACAGGCACCUUGGCCAGCCAAAAAGUCUUCUCUCCUGGAAAUUGCUUACUGCUUUUAUAGACAGGGAAAGGGGCCACUGACCUCUAUGUGUUUCAGGAGCUUCCUGAGCUUGUAAACUCCAUAAGCUUCCUGGGUCUUAAAAGCCUCCCUCCUCUACUCAAAAGGGAGCACUUCCUAAGUUGAAAUAGCUGUACAACACUGAUUUACAUAAGACUCGGUCUCAAAAAGCCAAAACAUGGGCCUAGGAAGAUGCUUCAAUGGAUAAAGCUUUCACUAACCAAGCAUGAGGAUGGUAGUUUGGAUCUCCAGAACCCAUUGAAAAGCCAGUAGCCACAGCUGGAUCCCCACCAGCAAUCCUAGCACUCUGGGUGUAGAGGUGAAGGAAAUCCCAUGGCAAGCUGGCUGGGUAGACUGCCUAAAUCAGUGAGCUUUGGGUUCAACGAGACACCGUACCUCAUUAAAUAAUAGUAAUUAUGAUUGAGGAAGACUGUUAACUCUGGUCCCCACAUGCACAUUACCCACACACACAUUUGAACACACAUACCCAUGUACAUGCACACAACACACAUAUAUACAUACAGAAAAACAUGAAACCAAAACGAUGUGACUUAGGUUUUUAUUUGAUUGGAAGGUACAGUCCAUUAUUCAAGGAUCAUCUCUUCGGAAGAAAAUAAAAGUAAUCCCUGGGCUGCUGAUUCGGUGGAUAAAGGUACUUGUUGCCAAGCCUAGGGGUCUGACUCUAAUCAUGUGAUGGUGGAUGAACAGAAGAUUCCCCAGUUGUCCUUAGAUCUCCAUGCAGGUGCUAUUGAACAGCAUUUGUUAGAACAGCCCAGGAUGAGUGCUCAGUGUUUGAGGACUUUGUGCCACAGCUGGCACAGAGGAGCACUGACCUGAAAUACCACUAAUAAAGACAUCUCUCCAGGGAGAGGGGGUUCAUCCAUUUAACAAGUUGACACCAAAGGUCUAAAAAGUCAGUAUUGCUAGCAAUGUCUUAUUAGCUAGCAAUGAAGAGAGAUGACACUGAAGUAGAUUAAAUGUCCCUACAGGACAUGGGAAGUGCUAGGUGAUGGGUAAUACAAAAUAUGAAUGUGGGUGGCAGAGCGCUUGACUAGCGAGCGCUUGACUAGCAAGCGCAAGGCCCUGGGUUCGGUCCUCAGCUCCAGACCAAAAAAAAAAGGUUGGGGAUUUAGCUCAGUGGUAGAGCGCUUGCCUAGGAAGUGCAAGGCCCUGGGUUCGGUCCCCAGCUCCGGGAAAAAAAAAAAAAAAAACACGAAUGGAAUGUGAUUGCUUUUACUGGGGUACUCAGCACAGGCCCCACUGGGAAGGUAGACUGUGAAGAAAGAUCUGAAGGAUGAGGAGGAAUCUGUCAGGUGUCGGCAGGAAGUUGUUUUUGUGUUCCUUGUGGUUGUUGCUUCAUUGUUAAUAAGCAAGAGGAUCUUUCAGUGCUUAUACCCCAGGACACUGUCCUAUGUUCUAGGGAAAAACUGGCUCCGUAUAUGUUGAGUAGUCUUGUGGAGAGGAGAUGUGAGGUACAGCCAGGUCUUACAGGUCUGGAAGAUAGUAAAGACAUCCUUGCUUAAAGCACGGACAUUUUGAGUGAGGUGUUAGGGCAAAGUGUAGGGUACAGUCUAGUCUUUCAGGCUGAACAUAAGCCACUUCAACUGCCAUGUGAGCAACUGAAACAGCAGAAGGGACUCAAUUCUCUACAGUUUGAAGACAGGACUUACCAUUCACUGCAUUACUGUGGUUCUAAGAUAAGUAUCCACAAUUUCUGAUAACAUUAAAGUAUUUCAUCAACAAAUCUGGGUAAGCACGUUGUUUAAUAUGAUUCAACAGGAAUAAGAGGUAAUGUGGUUGGCUGGAGAUUCUCUUCUUCCCAGCAAAUCUGGCUGCUUAUGUAAUCUUUGGGCAAGUCUUUUGUUGCCCUAGACAGUUUCAAGGGCUUCCAAAGGCUUCUCUCCAAGUGGGAAUGUUCCAUACCCAUAUAAAACUCUACUCCACUGGAUCUUUCUUUUUGUGCAUCUUGUUUGAUGUUGCCUCUAAGCCUUGGGUAUGAGAGAUAUAUGUGCAACUUCCCUGCUCUGUUUAUGGCUAAGCAUCUUGAUGCCACAAUAAAAGCAAUUGUUCUCAGGAUCCUAACCAAAUGUGAAUCUCUGGAGUACUCCAUCACUCCAAAGAGAAACUUUCCCUCCAGGACUGAGUGAGGCUGACAACAGCAGGAACCCGAGUACAAACACCAAUGUCCUUAAGGCAGUUUUACAGGUGCAUCACGUCCAUUUAGCAAAACAAGAGCAGUGGCCUCUCCACUGGGAGUUAUGAUAGUCAAUAUUUCCCACUAGUUUACUGGCUCACAGUGUUUGAUAUGAGUUUUACCCUGUCGAGCAGAACUUAAAUCAAAAUAGAAAGUAAUUGGUUGCACCACAACAGAUAAGCCACUAUUAUACCAAUGGGGCACACUUUACCUGGUAUAUUGGUACUGGAGCAAGCAGGGAUCAUACCCAAGCAAUAGCAAUUCUCUCCCAGCAAGCCUACAUAUUUGGGUUCAAAUUCAGGGUCUUGUGCACAUAAGAACACUUCAAACACUAAGGGGCCAUUUCUCCAGAUAUCUAUUGUAUGUAAUGUAUAUUAUCUAUCAAUAUGCUAUAAUCAAAUAUAUCUUUGAAUAUAUGAAUGUAACAUUAGAAUUAUCUUCCUUAGAACAAAGCCCGGUAGAAGGUAUGGAAGAUGGCCCUUACUUUAGUACAACGUAAAUCUCAAAUGCUGUCUCUCUAGAACCACUUCUCAGGCUUGAUGUCUCACCUUUGUCUUACUGUAGAGUCAAAGAUUAGAUAACUGUAAACACUAAGGGAGAUUUACAUGCAUGUCUGUGUACUGGGGUGGUCUGUGUAGGAACGACCCCCAUAGGCUCAUGUGUUUGAAUGCUUGGCACACAUGGAUUAGCACUAUUAGGAGGUUUUGAAGUAGGUGUGGCCUUGUUGGAGGAAGUAUUUUCACUAAGGGGCUGGGCUUUGACAUCUUAGAUGCUCAAGCUAGGUCUAGUUUGAUAUUCACUUCCUUUUGCCUACCCAUCAGGAUGUAGAACUCUCAGCUCCUUCUCUAGCACCCUAUCUACAUGUAUGUCUCCAUGCUUCCCACCGUGAUGAUAAUGGACUAAACCUCUGAAACUGUAAGCCAGUCCCAGCUGCUGUAGUCAUGGCGACUCUUCACUGCAAUAAAACCCUAAGACAAUAUUGACAAUAACCUUAUUUGAAUAAUUAUACAGAUUCACACACAAAGCUGGCCACAGAGCCAAAAAAAGAAUACUUUCUCCUCACUCCAAGUCCAAGGUAGGAUUCAUGAAUCCUGUCUAAACAAUUAUUAAUACAUUUUUAUUUUACUAUGGUAUCAAAGAUGAGUAUCCACAAUUAUCUGAUAACAGCAUUAAAAUAUUUCACCUACAAAUUUGUGUAAGGCAAGCUAUUUCAUAUGAUUCAUCUGGAAUAACAGGUUCUUCUCCUAAGUAAAAGACUUACAAACUUGUAGAGUUCAAAAGUCCCACACUUCAGUCUGUUCUUGUUGGAAAAUGAUUAUUUCUCAUACAAUUUUGUCAACAUAAUAGAUCUGUUAAUAUUUUAAGCCACUGAAUACAUUUUGAAAGGUUCGGUUUACACAUGUGACUCACAAAAACAUAUUUUCCUAGAAGAAACUCAUUAAAUCAUAAGAGCAUAUGGAGAUCCUGAGACAAGAAAGUCUGAGACUGCUUAUCAAGACAAAUAUUGAACUGGAAUGAGGGAGAUUGCACAAGGAGUCUCUUGGUACUGAAACAGGAGAGGCAGGAUAAAGUCCCAGGUUCCUAGUGAAGCAUAAUGGACAGUGGCAUUGAAGCACAGCUCUGGAGAUUCACUCUCUCCUCUACGUUUCACUUUCUGAUCUUCUAAACUGAGUCAGAUUUUUGUACCCAGACACUUAUGAUGUGAUGACCAUUUCCACGCCCAUUGGGUAUCACGUUUUUGCAGAAGCUAGUACAAAGUUUCUGGGUUCUUAAAAACUCUCAGUGUUCAGAAGUUCUCCAGAUCCCAGAUAGGGAUCUGCUCUGGCUGCUGGCAGCCUCCCUGGCUCCUACACAGACCCUGGCUGGUGAGUGUGGAUUCCAGAGGGAAAUGGCUUCUGAAUGAAUGUCUGCCCCUUGCUUCCUCCAGGCUCACACUCUCACUCGCUGUGUUAUUUCAGCACUCCUAGGACCCCAGCAGGGACUUGGGGAACCCAGGUUCCUUGUCUUCAGAUUUUUUGACAAGUUGCCACUCCGUGUGAUUUGACAGCAAUACAAUGACGCCCUAAAGAGGAGCUGGGGGCACCAUGGAUGAAGGAUUACCUAGAGCAGCAGACUCCUUCCUGAGAUCACCAAGGCCAAUGUGCAGAUUUUCUGUUAAGAGGGCCCUCUGCCCUGGUACAACCAGAGCCCAGAGCCAGUAUGUGACCUAGCCUCCUGUGUAUCACCUAGCCUCCUGUGACUUGGGUAGACCCAAAUAGCAGACCCAGCUCAUAAGCCCUAGACUACUGUCCAAUAUGUCUCCUACAUCCCAAGCUUGAGAAAUCUACUGGUCUGGGGGGGGGGGGGGGACUGAAACAGUUAACUAGUUGUGGUCUUCCAUUUCCUUUUCCGGGGGGGGGGGGGGGGCUGAAUAAUGGGUGGAGCCAUGCCGUUAGGGCUGAUUGCUUUUUCCUUCCAGGCUACCAUACCAUCCAGUCCAUUAUGGGUAGUGAUGGGCACUUCCUUAGUGGGUACUACGGGAGGCAUAUGACGGCACCGACCAUCUCUAAGGACCUUUAUUCCUAGGCUGCUGCAAACAAGGUGGCCCUGAUUACCCUGCACAGAUAUGAGGAUGAGGCAGAGUACCACAAGGCAUACCAUGUAGUGAGUUCGCAGCUAUCUAGAGAAAGGAAGGGGUUACUGCAAUGUACAGGUAUUGAGUGGCAGCCAACACCUUAUGGAUUCCCAGCAGAUACCUCUGAUUCAGGCCUUCCAAAAGGUCACCUUCCUCCUACCUGGGGAAUUAAAGGCGCCCUGUCUUGCUCUCCAGGACAGAACAGUUACUGCAAUAAGUCAAAGCAGCCUUGGACAUUAUUUAGAGAUACCCCCUUUGUUCUCUGCCUUUGUUCCAGUCUCUUUGGAAAUUUGGUCAAGCUUUUCUGUCUGAAUCAUUCAGCCUACUCCCAGGUCAGAACCCAAUGUCCCUUUUAGAGACUUGGAGUCUGUUACUCUGGGUGGGCUCAACCUGAUUUUCCAAAGUACAUAGUAUCCUAGAGGCCUGGGUUUCCAUGUCCUGUCCUGCUGUUUCGGUGAAGAUAAUGGAGUCUCUGAACCUCUGAAUUCUCAGAUUCCCCAAAGACACAUGUGACCCAUCAUCCCAGACCUGAAGGUACUGGGCCCUAGGCUUCUACCCUGCUGAAUUCACCAACCCGGAAGAGGGAUGGAGAGGUGCAGACCCGGGACAUGGAGCUUAUGAAGACCAGGCCCACAGGGGAUGGAACCAUACAGAAGAAGGCAGCUGUGGUGGUGCCUUCUAGGAAGGAGCAGAAAUACAUAUGCCAAGUGCUGCAUGAGGGACUGCCUGAGCUGCUCGCCCUGAGAUGGGGUAAGGAGGGUGUGCUGUCCCGGAAAACAGGAGUCCUCUGGAGAUCCUGAGUAGAGUCAAGGCCUCUCACUUUACUUAUUUCCUAGCCCUGCCUCUUCAGCACAGGCCCCACUGUGGGAGUCACUGCUGGCCUGAUUCUCCUUGGAGCUGUGUUCAAGUCACUGCUGUGGUGUGGAAGUUACCAAGGAGGAAAGGUGAAAUUAGGGUCCAAAUUUUAUUGUGAAUGUACCUGGUACUAUUAGUAUGUUCAUGAGCACCAUGAUGUACAUGUAUAGAUCCAAUGACAACUUUGUUUUCCUUCCACCUUUAUGUGGGUUCUAGAGAUCAAAUCCAGGCUUGCAUAGCAAACACCUUCACCCACUAAUCCAUCUGUGGUCCAUGUUCUUGAGGGCAUUAGAAGCUCAUCAGAAGUUUGUGCAGUCUUAAUAAGGGAACACACUUUCCCAGCCCAGUGUGCUAAUAGUACUUUGGAACUCAUGUAAAAAUCAAACACAAAGAAUCUACCACCAAGAUAAUUAUGGCCCUGAGAACCUGGCUCUGAGUAUCUGCAAGUCAGAGAUCCCUCUAGAGACAAUGACUUCCAAGAGGGCAGCUGGUCCUCUUGCAUAAAUAAAUCACUUCCUGUUGCUUUAUCCAGCACUGUGAUCCUGUGGUCUGCAGGCAAUUCAAGGAAUUGCCCUGUGCUCCAGACUUGCUGGUUUUCAGGCUGCUAUGGCCCUGCUGCCUCCAUGGCCUCUUACAGGCUGGUUUUCUAUUGACAGCUAUGCUCAGGCCACUAAUAAGUUUGAAGCGGCUGCUCCCUGAAACACUGAGGCAGUAUAGUAGUGUAGAUAGGAGCCCUUGAUUCCCCACUUCAGCCCCAUCUCAUGUGGGCAUCUAAAGCUCUAAAUACUAAGGCCCAGGAGAAAGAGUAGCAGGGACAGGACCACAUUCCAGGCUUCCGGGUUUGGAGUACAGGUGAAUGAGUAUGCAGUAGGCUAUGGAGCACUACUACUCAGUGACUUACAUUUGUCAGGAUCUUCUUCUACAGCAUUACAGCCUAACACUAUGGAAUGAGCAAAACAAAGGUUAACUAAUGCAUGCGUGCACUCAUGUGAAAACCAUCAACUCACCUUUGCUGACAGGAGCUCAGACAGACAUAGUCAGAGGUCAGACUGUUAGAGGGAACUGGGAUUAGAAUUUUCUAUCCUGUCUACUGAGAACAGCAUCUAGAUAAGAAUCUGUAUUUGAAAUCUGACCCCAGAGUCAAUUGAUGGUUUAGGAUAUGUGAUGGUUUGUAUAUUCUCAGCCCAGGGAGUGGCACUAUUAGAAGGUUUAGCCCUGUUAGAGUAGGUAUGUACCACCAUGCCUGGAUCUGGGACUUGUUUUGUCCCAGGCUAACCUUGAACUCAGAACUCUCCUUGCCAUAGUCUCCUGAGAUUCACUAUGCCUCAAGAGCUCCAUGCAAAGAUCCAGGUUAGAAACCUGUUGUCUCCCAGACUCAAGGUCUGAUCACAGGUGAGCCUUCCAAUUCUGGAUUGUGGUUCAUUCCAGACAGAGUCAAGCUAACAACCAAGGAUAACCAUUACAGUAUACAUUUGCUUCAAACUUGGAAGAGGAAAUAAAACCUGAGAACAUUCUGAAAACUACCUCUGUUGAUGGGUAUUUCAGGUGGGGAGAGAAGAUUGAGGAUAAACAUGGAUAGGGCUGUUUCUCAGCUAGUGUUCAGUCCACUGUAGACUUCAUCUGGGUCACCUUUGCUUCUCUUAUCCCUGAAGGUUCCUGAACAUUCCAUCAAGGGUCUCAGCAAUGGCCCCAGGCCUUAUCCUGUGUGUAGGACCAUACACAGUGAAGAUCAGAUGUGGCAGGACAGCCUAAAUUCAAUCUUUGGCUCCCAACUUAUGUUUCUUAUUCUUGUGUGUAAGUCUGGGCCAAGCAUAUUCAAACCACCUGGCCCCCAAAGGCUUGUUCAAACACAUGAGUCUAUGGGGGACAUACCUAGCCAUAGCAUAGUAAAAAUACAUUUAGUCCAACUUCCAAAGUCCCCAUAGUCUAUAGCAGUCUCAACCAUGUUAAAAGUCCGAAGUUCAAAGUCUCUCCUGAGAUACAUCCACUUAACUAUAAUCCUCAAAGCAAGUCAGGAAACCAGCUGGGCAAACUCCAAACUCUGCAUCUCCACGUCUGAUGUCAAAGCCGUCCUCGGAUUCCCAGCUCCUUUUUCAUCUGUGUUAACUCCAACCAUCUUCUCCUGGGCUGAUUCCACUCCACUAGCAGCUUUCCUCAGCAGAUAGCCCACAGCUCUGGCAUUUUUAACAUCUUGAGGUCUCUAAGUCAACAUUAACUUCACACCUUCUUGUGCCAAUGUCUGGGUUCCAAACGAUCUUCUGGACUCCACCAAAGGGCUUGGGUCACAUCUCCAGCUCUGCCCUCUGUAGCACUCUAGGCUCUGGUUGACUCCACUCCACUGCCAUUGCUAUUCUUGAUGGUCAUCCCAUCUCCAAUGCACUGGGGUCUUCUGCUGUAACUAGGGUUCACUAAUAGCCUCUCAUGGGCUCUCUUCAUGGUGCCGAACCUCAACUUCUUUGCAUGACCCAUUCAGUCCCUGGGCCUUCGACUGUAAUUGAAGACCUGUGUCCUUUUAACAGCUCACAAGUGUCCUUGUACUCAGACAAUGGGCAUCCAGUGAGUUCAACAAUGGAGAACAACGAGAACAAGCUAAAGCUGCACCUAUGCUCACCACCAUGGCAGAACGUGACAGCUCACUGGCCUGAACGGUGAGAGAGCCUGUAUUUGGACAUGUUUGGAUAAAGCAGUCACUAAAGGCUCUAAACAGUUCAUGUUUAGAACCCAGCCAUUUAUGUGGUCAUGUUUUGACAUUAGAUAUAUUUCUUUCAGAUGGAUUAGUGCUGGAAAAACUGACACCUGGGUGGUCAAUUAGGAUAGGAGAAGCAAGCUAUUGGUAAACAGGACAGGGUAGCACCCAACAAAACACAUACACCUGAAGUACUUUCUUGGCCAAAAUAGAGGAAGUUGUCCAGGAUAAAUUAACGUGUAACCAAAGACCACUAAGACCCUUAUUUAACUAAAGGGAAAGGGAGCAUCAAGGGACCAAUACUGAGAACCCAGGACCUGGUGUCUGCUUGGACACUAACCAAAUACAUCCCAUCUAUGCUUUCCACCCACAGCCAUUCCACUGACUCCUGCCACAGAUCUCACCUACUUUGCCGCUUCUCUCCAGAAGUGCUGAAACACACCCUACCAUAUCCUUACUGAAGUCAAAGAUCUUUGCAUUGUAAGCAAGCACAACAUACCAGAAACUAAGCCUUACAGCCUCUCAGCUGCUGUGGUUGGAGUAGAGAGACCAACAAGGGAAGUGACCUGGUUCACCAGUCUGAGGGCUCAAAAACAACAUAAACUAUGAGCAGAUCAUCACAAUGGUUUGCAUUACCAUUAGGCACACCCCUGCCCACGGGUUAGGAGAAGCCGAAAAAACACAUCAGACACCCCUUCAUUUGGAAGAGGUCUAGUUCAAACUCCAACAUGGAACUGGCUCUGAAGUAAAAGCUUGUUUAGUUAAAGACCAAGGAACAGAGCAAUUUUAAAAGGCAUAAACCUUGCAAGGAAUCUUGAAAGAAAGGCACUGUCCAGCUCAUGAAAGUGAAACCUGAAUCAGUCAAGGCAGGCAUUACUUUAAGAUGUCCACACUGCCACCAAGUUUCAGAUGUAAAGGCACACAUUCAAACUCUGGGGCACACAUUCUAUGAAAUGAAGCCCUUCACUGAAAAAAGUUUAACAACUCCAUAUAGUAGAACACGCUGCAGUUUUUUACUUUGGAGUUUCCCUGGCAAUGCACAAAGCUGGACAAAACACUGUUGCUAUCUUGAUAACAAGAAAAGGUGAAGAACUGAGACAACCCAAACUCUUUAACCUUUCAGAGAGCUACCCAAGGAGACUGAAAUCCUCACCACUCAGCUUCCCAAGACAGAAAAAGAGGCCCCCAGAAACCAUGUAUGAGCAUCACUCAUGGAAGGCCCAAGGUGCAGCAGAGAACAGGGCACUGCAUUGAGUGGGUUGGGAGUAAUAGAUAUAAUUAUUUAUGAACUGCUACAGUAAAUACAGAACUUCUGGGAGCCCCAGACACAAUGAUAAUUCAAACCUAUUUGCCUUUUCCUCCAUACACUUCAGAGGGCACUCAAAAGAAAAAUAGGAACAAGGCAGAUGACCAGAGAAAACUCUCAAGAUACAAGACUAAAAAGGGAGGGAACAAUUCCUCAUAACAGAAAAGUCACAUUGGGAUAUUUUUAAGGGACAGUGGCAAAAGACUAGUUUCAAGCCACCUUAUGCUAGAAAUAAGGUGUCAUUAACUAUAACAACUGCUGCAGUUUAUAAUCUCUAAUGGGCAAAUAUGAUAAAGUAAAGUGGAAGAAAAAUUAAUAAUUAUCCAUUUUACUCUUAAAAUCAUUGGCUACCAUGAAAGCAGAGCAAAAACAACAAAACAACAGAAUGAAAAACAGUAAACUCUUUUUCUUUUUAAGUAAUUUGUUGUAUUUGGCAUUUGUGGUUCUAAAUCUUUAACCUCAGAUACUGCCUGUUUUAUGCUCUUAAGUAGGAGGGGUUAAACAUGCAUCUUAGUUGUAGUAGCCAACACCUGUAAUUCUAGCACUCUGAAGUGAAGCAGAAGGACCGAGCUUCCUAAUAAACUCAAGUUCAGCCUAGACCACACAAAACGCUACCUGGAAGAAGCCAAAACUGCACCGUGUUUUUGAAAACUAAGACUGAAGAGGAACCACUUCCUCUGAAAGGAGGGCACACACUCAAAUACAUGCAAAUAUGAUGCCAACUGUUACUGGAAGUAGGGAAAGUGUUUAGUAGUAGCUUCCUCUGAGAUUACAUCGUGGAGGGAAACUUUCUAAGGCAGGAGGUUUUCAGAGAUGUAAAACAACAGGAUGUUCUAAAGAGAAGUGAAGUACCAUGGGCAAGCACUUUAAGACACAAAAUAAACAACUCAUGAUAGCUUCAGGAAGUCCAAAAUCUCCUCCUCAAGAAUACAUUAAACAGACACUGCUGAGAGCCACUCUUAGACAAGUCCAGUGGAAGCAGAGGAUGACUGGAAGAAGUAAGAACAAGCUGCCUAGCAGAUUCGAACACUAACUGGAGAGACACCCUUAGCCUGUUGAUCUGUGAAAUGUGUGCCAGGUUUCCAGCUACGUGAGCUGUCAAACUAUGCUGGGAUGGACUUUGAUGACAGUGUCUUUGAGUUAUUUCUGUUCUUGUAAGUAACUCCUCACCCAUAUUCCUCUAAAUAACCCUAAUAAAGCUCAUGCUUCCCCACAUCAGACUUCAGUGGUACCCAUACUUUGGUCUGGGUCAACUCACUGAGGUGACAGGCAUGUGUUUAUGUCCCCAGAAAAGGUCUAUCUCACAACAGAGGGACAAGCUACCUACCCAUCCAGUAGUGUGAAUAUGCAUCCUAGCAUUAACUCCGCCUGAGUCCAUUACAUCUGUACCAUCAGACAUUCCCUCCACAUCAACUCAUUCCCUUCCACAAAAAUCUUCAUCACAGAUUCAACACUUCCAAAAACAAGGAGUGUUAGCAUUUUGUCUAGGCUCUGCCCCAGUUACCUGGCAACAACCAGGUGUGCCUGACUCACUAUAAAAGGGGUUUGCCCCCUGCAUACUCUCUUGCCUUCUUGCUCUCCCUCUUUCCUCUCACCCCUUCCACCUCUCCAUUCCCCUCCCCCAUCUCCACAUGCUCCUGGCCAGUCUCUACUUCUCUACUCUCUCUGCCUUUCUGUCUCUACUCCCUCAACUCCCCUCCCCAUAAUAAUAAACUCUUAUUUUAUAUUAUACUGUCAUGUGGCUGGUCCCUCAGGAGUAAGGGAUGCUUCAGCAUAGGCCCACAAAGGCACCCCCUCCCUCCACACCUGACUACACAUCUGCCAAACAUAUUCCUUCUCUCCUUAUCUUUUUAUAAAACACAAGAAGGAAGCCAUAGUGCAAGCCUGGAGUCCAUCCACAAGCUCCAUCUGUUCUCCCGGGGAAACUUAAACGGAGGUCUACAAAGAGAAAAAAAAAAAAAAAAAAAAACAGGCUUUGGUCCCCACCCACUGUUUACUGAGCACUAGCUGCAAAACACUAGACCAGACAGAGCAGGUUUUCCACACCCCAGCCAGGGAAAGCAUUUCGCAGAAUGUCAGCUCUGAUGGCACUUCCCGGUUGUCAAUUUGUCUCUAUCUGGAAGGAACUACAAUCCGGAAUUGAAGGACAAGCCCUGUAAUCCAGAUCGUAAGGCUAGAAGACACAAGUUUCUGAUCUGAAUCUUCACAUGAAAAGUUUAGGACCAGGCAAGGCAGUAGCUGCCUUUAAUCCCAGGGAAAACUGAGGCAGAGAUUCACUGAGUUCAAGGUCAGCCUGGGACAAAGCAAAUCCCAGACCCAGGCACGGUGGCACACACCUUAAUCUGGGCCACUCCUUCUGCUGGAAGUCUACAUAAGGACAUCGGAGGAAGGAAAGUCUCUUCGCUUGCUUGCUGAAACAACUAGCUUCGUGGGACUUCCCAUUCACCGCUGCCCACUGUUGAGUCAAUAUGUCUACAGCCUGUAAGUCACCACAAUUAGAGAGAGAAUGAGAGUGAGUGAGUGAGUGAGUGAGAGAGAGAGAGAGAGAGAGAGAGAGAGAGAGAGAGAGAUUCAGAUUCAGAUUCCGUAAAUUCUGUAACUCUAGAGAACCCUAAUUCAUCAGCGAACUAGAGUAGAGGAUAGGGCGCACCUCGGUCCACAGCCAAGAUAACUUACCUACUACCGCUUCACCGUAAGCUAAAUGCUAAACCUUAGCCAGUCGGAAGUGACGUGCAACACGGCCUCUCAGGUCAGCCACGUAAUCCAACGCCGCCUUAAACUGCCACCCUCCCCCAUAAUCGACCCGGAGACCGGGAAAGUGUGGCCCAAAGCCCACAACCCGUAGCCCCCCAGGUCUCUGCGGCUCUCAGCCCCACCGAGGACCAGCUUGUGCCUCGGCGGGCUCGCUGACACAGCCAUGGCGCGCUGCCCGCCAUGGGUUUCGGCGUCUCACUAUGCGCAUGCGCGGCCCUCCGUCUCCCGGGGACCGCUCCGGUCACCUGGGCGCCAGCACCUCAGCCACCCAACGCGGCGAGUUCCCUCUCGCCCGGUACUCGCCGUGCAGGCCCUCGCCUCCGGCUUCCUGCCGCCGCCCGCCACAGGCCCGACUAGGCCGGGGCACGGCGGCUCGGCGCCGUGCAGCUGUCUUCCAUAGCCGCAGCGCGGCUUCCGCUUCCGGCGAGUAUUGUGUGUCGCGCCGCGGGGCGGGGGUGAGGGGAGGAGGAAGGAGGGAGGCAGUGCUCCGGCGGCUCCGCGCCCGGCACUCCGGGACCCGGAGCCGGGAAGUUAUAAUGGCAGAGACAAGUCUGUUAGAGGCUGGAGCCUCUGCAGCCUCCACAGCCGCUGCUCUGGAGAACUUGCAGGUAGAGGCAAGCUGUUCUGUGUGCCUGGAGUACCUGAAGGAGCCGGUUAUCAUUGAAUGUGGGCACAACUUCUGCAAAGCGUGUAUUACCCGCUGGUGGGAGGACCUAGAGCGGGACUUCCCUUGCCCUGUCUGUCGGAAGACAUCCCGAUACCGGAGCCUCAGGCCUAACCGACAGCUAGGCAGCAUGGUGGAAAUAGCCAAGCAGCUCCAGACGGUCAAGCGGAAGAUCAGAGACGAAAGCCUCUGCUCCCAGCACCAUGAACCCCUUAGCCUUUUCUGCUACGAAGACCAGGAGGCUGUCUGUCUGAUAUGUGCAAUUUCCCAUACCCACCGGGCCCAUACGGUCGUGCCGAUGGACGAUGCUACACAGGAGUACAAGGAGAAACUUCAGAAGUGCCUGGAGCCCCUGGAACAGAAGCUGCAGGAGAUCACCUGCUGCAAAGCCUCAGAAGAAAGGAAACCAGGGGAACUCAAGAGACUGGUAGAGAGCCGCCGGCAGCAGAUCCUAAAGGAGUUUGAGGAGCUGCACAGGCGACUGGACGAGGAACAGCAGACGCUGCUCUCCCGGCUGGAGGAGGAAGAACAGGACAUUCUACAGAGACUUCGAGAAAACGCUGCUCACCUUGGGGAUAGGCGCCGGGACCUUGCCCACUUAGCUGCUGAGGUGGAGGGCAAGUGCUUACAGUCAGGCUUCGAGAUGCUUAAGGAUGUGAAAAGUACCCUAGAAAAAUGUGAGAAGGUGAAGACCAUGGAGGUGACUUCAGUAUCUAUAGAGCUGGAAAAGAACUUCAGCCAUUUCCCCCGGCAGUACUUUGCCCUAAGGAAAAUUCUUAAACAGCUAAUUGCUCCACUCUGGCUUCUUCCGCCAGCGGAUGUGACCCUGGACCCUGAGACGGCUCAUCCUAACCUUGUCCUGUCAGAGGAUCGGAAAAGUGUCAAGUUUGUGGAGACAAGACUCCGAGACCUCCCUGACACACCACAGCGUUUCACUUUCUACCCUUGUGUCUUAGCUACUGAAGGCUUCACCUCAGGUCGACACUACUGGGAGGUGGAGGUGGGUGACAAGACCCACUGGGCAGUAGGAGUAUGCCGGGACUCUGUGAGCAGGAAGGGUGAACUGACUCCACUCCCGGAGACUGGCUACUGGCGUGUUCGGCUGUGGAAUGGGGACAAGUAUGCAGCCACCACCACGCCUUUUACCCCUUUGCACAUCAAGGUGAAACCUAAGCGGGUAGGCAUAUUCCUAGACUAUGAGGCUGGCACACUGUCUUUUUACAACGUCACAGACCGCUCACAUAUCUACACCUUCACUGAUACUUUCACUGAAAAACUUUGGCCCCUCUUCUACCCAGGGAUCCGAGCCGGUCGGAAGAAUGCUGCACCACUUACCAUCAGACCCCCAACGGAUUGGGAAUGACAAGAGAUGCAGUUGAAUUGGGGUGAGGCAGGGUCAAGAGCAGCGGGCCUUCCUAACUGGCCCACUGGAAAACCUUGGUGUCUGCGUGGUUCCAGUCUUGAGCCAUCUUGAGAAACCACCUCGUCUGUGGGAUGGUUUGUGUGAAGGAGAAAGAUAGGACUGGGCUGCAUGACCAAGCACAGAUGUGUCUCCCUCCUAACUAGUGGGAGUGUGGACUCCCAGGGUCCAGGUUUCCUAGUGCACAAGGACAGGUUGAGAAAGAAAAGGCUUUUCCAGAAACCAAGUCUAUUGGAAAGGGUCUUAAUUUGCUUAAAAUGCAGGGAACAGAAACCUUUAAAAGGCUUCUAUGACUCAGAAUAGCCUUGUUCUUGUGGAAGUGCGUAGGGAUCUGUACACAUACCUCUGUGUGGAAGAUGAGUGGCAGUGGCUGUCAUGAGUCUAGGAGUUGAGGGGCUUUUCUGGGGGCAGAGAUUGAGCAUUAAAGUUAGGAGAGGAAUCAGGGAAAAGGCUGAAGGAGUGUUUCUAGAAAUGAAUGAAGGGAACGGGGAUUUCUUUGAUCUCUUUUCUUAGGGUAAUGUUAAUCAUUACCCUUAGGAUUAGCCAGAGGUUCAGAUCUGGGAGAAGGAAAGGGUGGGAAGAAAGGAGAAUCCGUGUCCCAAAGGCUUGGGUUAUUCCUGGUUCCUGCAGUUGGCUGUCUCUAAAAAGUAGGCUCCUCUCGUUCCCUUCUAAAGGUGAGAUGGAAGCGAUUCUGCAAGACACACAUCUGCCCUUCCAUUGUUCCCAAGGCAACUUGGAGAGGAGUCAGAUGUUAAAGGAGACAGAACGGUGUAGCCAAAGCUCUGGCCUUAAAGAAUGUUACUAAGUUGUCCACCUUGUCCCCUGGCUCAAAUGUCUAAGGAAAGAAGGGAAGAUAAUGGAGUCUUCCUCACCCCACGACAGCAGGGUAGAAGAGGGUGGUUUGUGUUACAAAGGGCCAGAUGACGGCUAAGCCUCUGUUUCCAUCCUCCACCCUUUGACAUUCCCCUUUUCAGAGAAUGUAAAUUAUCUUAAUUUUAGGCCAAAAUAAACGACCCAUAGGGUACAUAUUUUGUCACAAAAGGUAACGUGAUGCAUGCCAAACCAAACAGCCUGGAUUAUCUGCUGCCUGGGUAAUCUUCACACAAGACUGAGACAAGAAACUGCAUUGAGGGUAUUCAGUUCCUCCUACCACCUCAACAGGACUUUGUCCACUCUCCUCUUACCUUUGUGCCUUGACUGUGGUUCUUUGUGGCAAGAUAAUUUGGUUGGUGAAAAUAUGGAACAAAGGAUCCACUAAUGUGA